UUCGUCAGCCACCUCAUUCUUAACCACAGGAAAUACGGGGGCUAAAACUAUCCCCUCGUAGUCGCUUCCUCCUACACACUUCCUUUGCACCCUCACAGUCGUGAAUUUAGAACGUGUUACUGCUUUUACCCAGUACUUAUCUACACACUUCUUCGUUGAAGUGUAUCGGUAAUUACAUACAGCGACCCUGUCAAGUUCCAUUUCUCACAGGUAUCAUGUUGUUUUAAGGUCGCCGGGGCACUGUGACAUAUCUGAAGCUUAGGCUGUGCAGUGUGUGUAUAAGUGUGUGAAUUAGAGAGAGAGAGAGAGAGAGAGAGAGAGAGAGAGAGAGAGAGGGGAAGAGAAGGACUGCCGUGUGUGUUUAAGUGUAUAAGUAGAAAUUAACCUUUUAAUCAUAUGUAACAGCAAUAUCCAACAAAAUGACCAGAAGUAAGGAGAAUGAACAAAUUUCGGGAUACGAGCAAGUUAUUUCACAGCGGCUGAACAUUGCAUCCUAUCAUUCUACGGUGGAUGUUAACAAGACCUUUUAAUACAACUUACGCCCACCCACGUUCUAUACAUCCGGAUUAUCGGGAAAUGACGACAAAUCAGGAUAAAAAAGAAAGUGCUUGGUACAUGUACUAUCGUCCUCUGUGGGUUUCAGCUUUACGUCAGUAGUUUGAUCUUAAUGCUACGACCUACUGCAAAUACAUCUCCGUUACGGUUAAGAAAGCUGCAUGAUUAUCGGUGGGUGCACUUUUGCGCCACCCCUCCCCCCCCCAAAAAAAAAAAAAAAAAAAAAAAAGAAAGAAAGAAAAGAUUAUUAUUUGUGUAAACAAGUCUAUGAUGUACUUGGCACUAAAUACAUUGCCCUUGCAUUGAGCUGUCACUCUGCCUAUCUCUUAAGUUCAACAGAAUGAAAUCGCUUAAACAUGUAUUUAUACUUUCGAUUAUCCCCUGAGCCCUAUUCUACGUAACGUCUACAAUAUCUUGAAUGAUCAAUAGAAUUAAAAGAAAAGGCCUCCAACAAGAAGAUAAAAAUAUGAAAAAUAUGAACGUACCGAUAUACUUUUCUACGCUGAAUUGUCAAUUCCCGAUAAUCCGGAUUACAUCUUGAACCCUUUGCCACUGUACAUAAAGUAUACAAAAUCUUGAGUGAUCCAUAAAACUAAAAGUAAAGGCCUCCAACUAACAGAUAAAAUAUUAAUUUGAGGUGCCCUACUAGCAGGACUCUGAUAAGAGAGGUUGUAAGCGUAUAGAAGCACAAGCUAAUUACAUGUAAUUAUCUAGCAGGGUAUUCUUCAUAUUAACCUUCAAACACCCACGCAUACUUCAGAUAUUCUGUGUAUGAUUCACUUGCCUUUAUUGAUCUUUAUUUUUGGAUUUCUUUGAAAACCGUUCCGAACCGGAUGUAAAAAAGGUCAUGCGACAAUGAGGACUUACCCCCUUCAGCAUACGACUCACGCCGUCGGGCAUAACUGAUUCGCACGUUGUCAAUGCAAUGCCUACUUUCUAAUCGACUUGACUCCAUGGGCGGUGGGUUUAUGCUGUGACAAGGCGCUAUCACAUUUAAUUUUGUUUGAUCUAUUUUCUUAAGACACAAAAGAACAGGGUCAAAAUGUGUUGAAAGAUUAAGCGUGUUCAUUCUCAAAUAUCCAAGUGAAGGGUGUAGGCUGGCCCAUUUUAACAGUGCAGAGGGAAGCAGCCAAAAUUUAAAGAGACGAACGGCAAAGAUCUGUGUCAGUUACACACAGGGCAGCCAGCUGAAAGGAUCUCGUGGACAGUUUCAUUUGACGAUAUGGGAAACCGCAGCAGUUUAAGGGCUAAACACGACGAUGAGCGUCAGCCUCUGGCGAGCGAAAGCGCCGAAGAUCGAGUUCUGCCACGGCCACCACGUUGUGACACCGAAGAUUUCAAGAUCGACAUCGUGCCUUUGCCCAAUCGUGGAGUGCAAGUUGUGGUCCAUGACAAUCGGAAGUCAGCACCGUCCAAUCAGCCUAGAGACGGCGAUAUAGUUUCGCUGUGGUCAGUGAUGUCCAAUGCAGGAGAUGGGUUCCUACAAGUGACCAACGUGAAAGUGGACCCGGACAAAGACGAGUACGUUGUUGAUAUGGCUGGAACAUUGGACGCUGAUGCAAGUAACUGUCAGAUUUUAGUCGAAGUUUACUUGGCAGAGCAAUUUUCCUGCAAUUUCUCGGAAGAGUGACCUUCCUCAAGAUGUGCCAUGGUUUGUAG